AUGGCUACUUCUACCAUCCAAAACCCUCCAGCUCCUACCGAAUCCAAGUCGGCCAGGAAGAAGAAGUCGAAGGUUGAGCGAACGGAGUCCCCUGCCCCCGCUCUCUCGACCUCCAAGCCUGCCUCAGUGGCUGCCAAUGACAAGGACGACGAGUUUGCGGACAACGCAUAUAUCCGCGAACUUCAAAAGAGCAUCCGCAAUGUGACCAAGAAGAUUACGAAUUCGGCGAAAAUUGAUAUCAUCAUAGCAGAGCACCCCGGCAAGACCCUCGAUGACCUUGUCACCUUGAAGCUCAUCAAUGCCGAUCAGAAAUCUUCGCACCAGAAGAAACCCGCCUUGCAGGGACAGCUCUUCCAGCUGGAAGAGCAGCUUGCCCAGCACAAGAAGAUUGAUCUCGAGAACCGUGCCCGCAUGGCCGACCGUGAGAAGGUCUUGGCUGAGAAGUUUGAGAAGGAGAAGGCCGAGCUUCGUUCUGAGCUCGAGCAGAAGGCUAAGGCGGAAGCCAGCGAAACACUCAACAACAACCUCCUCACUCUCUCCCAGUUCCUCCGCCUCGCUGCGGCACGCCGUACUGAGGAUAUCGAUAACACUGCCGACGAGAAUCUGGCUCUUGAGGGCGUGCUACUCCACCUUUACUCUGGCGACGAGAAUGCCGUGGCUACCAUGUUGAAGUUGGUGCAGGGUGCCGAGGAACAGACCCGCAGCACCGGCGGAGAAGUGCUGGAGACGACUUAUGACCAGGUUAAACAGCUGUCUAUCGCCAACGCUACCCCGGUCUACCCUGCUGAGAGCACCCCUCAGGCGUCUGAGCUGGAGACGGUUGAAUCUAAGGAGCUUGUCGAGACAGAUCCCACCGUCUCCAACGUUGGCCUGACCGAGAUCGACGAGGGUUCAGCUGACGCCGCGCUAACUAAUGGCCAUGGCCAAGAAGUUUCUUCGAGCGCGAGCGCCCCUAGCAAUGCUAAUGUUAGUGAUACCGCCGCAAAUGCGGCAGGAGAGAGCCAAUGGGAUGCUGCAAAUGAUAUGACCAUGUCGCAGGAGUGGGUCAAGGUGCCCAAAGAUGCGAGCGAGGCUGCGUCCAGUCCAACCGCAACCGCCGCCGUGACCCAGGCAGAGCCUGCCGCCCCGACUGCACCCUCUGUCGCGCCUGCAGCUGUCGAACCUACCACAACCCAGUCAUGGGCCGACGACCAUCCCGAGCCCUCAACCGAAACCCCUGCUGCCGCGACGGAUCCCCAGGAUGGCUUCCAUCAGGUGCAGCGCAACCGUGGUAAUCGUGAGGGAGGCUGGCGAGGCCGCGGCGGUGACCGCGGCGGCGAUCGCGGUGGCUAUCGUGGCCGUGGAGGAUAUCGCGGCGAGGGACGUGGCCGCGGCCGUGGUGGACCGCGUGGUGGCAUGCCAAACCGCCCUCGUCGUGGCGGUGAUGAGCAGCCGCAGUAA